UUCACCCGACUUGAACCUGACAGGUGAUGGAAUGAAGCAUGCGUAGUGUGGGAGGGCCUGUGUUUUGCAAAAGCACCUUCCACACUCCCCCUUUUCAUAUUUCAUCACAAACCGUUUGUGGGUUGAUGACACCAAUCAUGCAAUUAUAGUUAAUUGGAGGAAGGAAGCUGAUCAGUCAGUGCCGUUCAGAGAGAUGGGGAGGCCUCCUUGCUGUGACAAAUCAAACGUGAAAAGAGGGCUGUGGACAGCUGAAGAGGAUGCAAAGAUUCUUGCUUACGUCUCUAGGCAUGGGACGGGCAAUUGGACCUCUGUUCCUAAGAGAGCAGGGCUGAAGAGAUGCGCAAAGAGCUGCAGGCUAAGAUGGACAAAUUAUCUGAGGCCUGACCUUAAACACGAAAGGUUUACAUCCGAGGAAGAGGAGCUCAUUGUUAAGUUGCAUGAAACUAUAGGGAGCAGGUGGUCUCUAAUUGCAGCUCAAUUGCCAGGUAGAACAGACAAUGACGUGAAGAACUAUUGGAACACCAAGCUAAAGAAGAAACUCUCUCAAAUGGGGAUUGAUCAUGUGACCCAUAAACCCUUUUCCCAGAUAAUAGCAGAUUAUGCAACAAUCGGCCUUACCAAGCCACCUGCAAAUGAUCUCACCACCAUUCACCCACAGAACCCUCCAAUGAAUAAAGCCUCAGCAACCUUCCCCACCAGCCAAGGCCUUGGAGAUCCAUUCAUGACAGCAGGCCUGCAAUCAACCCAGAACUUUCAAAGAACUCCUCAAGAUGGCCACCUUCCUGACCAGUAUCCAUGGGACCUUCUUCAUCAGCUGCAAGCAAUGAAGCUCUUUGCACAAGCACCAGACUGUGACUCCACCCAGAUUACUGCUCAUGAUAUUCCUACUAGCAGCUGCACUGCAAUGGCCUCAACUUCAGCUCACCUAUCACAGUCCCAUGUCCCUCAGUUGGAUGAUGCUUCUUCUUCGAACUGGACUGAGUUUCUUGUACAAGACGACGAUGAUCAGCUUCCCCUUCCAAGUGUUCUUCAGGAGUUUUCAUCAAUUGAUCAGCAGGCGCAGUGCAUGGACACAGGCUAUGACCAACAACUGGAUUGCCUGUUUGGAUCUAACGAUCUAAAUCUCACAAAGUGUGACUUUGGUGAAAGAGAUGAUUGCCUGGACAGCCAAGUCUUUCCUUUCAUGGAGUUCCCUUGUAAUGGCAUCCAAGAGAACUCCAGCCAUGGCUCCACCGACUCUGUAGCGAAUUGUUUCCUUGGGAAUCUAUUAAUGGACGGGCUUCCGGAUGAUGGCAGCACUCUAAUUUGGGACUUGCCGGAGUUUCUUGACAACCCAAUGAAAGACUUGUUCAAUAGAGGAGGUGCCUAGACAUGAAAAUUUGACUGUGUAGCUACAUAUAUCACUAGAGCUUUAUAAGUAUUGAAAUAAAAAGAUCUUGAUCCGAUACCAAAUGAUGUAGA